GCCUCCUGUCUGUGCGGCUCAGCUCCCUGCCUUUUGUGCGGCUGCUGUCCCUCCUCCAAUAAUUCCACAGUCACACGGCUGGUUUUCUCCUUCUUUCUGCUGCUGGGAACUCUGGUGUCUGUCAUCAUGAUCCUUCCUGGAAUGGAAACGCAUCUCCGUAAAAUCCCGGGAUUCUGCCAGGGUGGAACAUCUAUACCUGGUAUUGAAAACCAGGUCAACUGUGAUGUCAUUGUGGGCUACAAGUCUGUUUACCGUAUGUGCUUUGCCAUGACCUGCUUCUUCUUUCUGUUCUGUGCCAUAAUGAUUCGCGUCCGAAACAGCAAAGACCCUCGGGCGGCAAUUCAAAAUGGGUUCUGGUUUUUUAAAUUCCUGAUUCUGGUUGGAAUCACAGUGGGAGCUUUCUUCAUCCCUGACGGAACAUUUCAUUCUGUGUGGUUUUACUUCGGAGUUUUGGGAUCCUUCAUCUUCAUUCUAAUUCAGCUUAUUCUGCUCAUUGACUUCGCCCACUCCUGGAACAAAAUCUGGGUUGAAAAUGCUGAGGAGACUAACAACAAAUGCUGGUUUGCAGGACUGCUGUCCUUCACUUUCCUCUACUACGCGCUGGCUUUUACUGCUGUGGUGCUUUUCUAUGUUUACUACACGCAGCCGGAUGACUGCACUGAGCACAAAGUCUUCAUCAGCCUCAACCUCAUCUUCUGCAUCAUCAUCUCUAUCGUGUCCAUAUUACCUCAGAUACAGAAAGCUCAACCACACUCUGGCCUGCUCCAGGCCUCCAUCAUCUCCCUCUACACCAUGUAUGUCACAUGGUCUGCAAUGACCAACAAUCCAAAUCGCAGGUGUAACCCCAGCCUGCUGAGUCUAGUGUCAAAUGUCAGUGCCUCCGACGCACAAGAUGGCAGCACUCCAGGACAGGUGCAGUGGUGGGAUGCCCAGGGCAUCGUGGGUUUGAUCAUUUUCCUGUUCUGCACUCUGUACGCCAGUAUCCGUUCAUCCAGCAACGCCCAGGUAAACAAACUGAUGCAGACAGAGGAGGGCACGGGGUCAGGAGGAGAGGCCGUCGUCGGAGAGGACGGCGUCCGCAGGGCCGUCGACAACGAGGAGGAGGCAGUGUCCUACAGCUACUCCUUUUUCCACUUCCACCUCUGCCUGGCCUCCCUUUACAUUAUGAUGACCCUUACCAACUGGUACCAACCGGACACCACCACACAGGCCAUGCAGAGCAGCAUGCCGGCUGUAUGGGUGAAGAUGAGCUCCAGCUGGCUGGGCCUCGGCCUCUACCUCUGGACCCUCAUCGCACCUCUCCUCUUCCCGGACAGAGAUUUCAGCUGA